UCUUUUUAUCAGGAAUAGUUUGGCGCGUGCUCAAACAUGUCAAACGAAGCAUACCUGAGACAGGUGGUUUAACGUCUGCAGAGGUGGGAGGGCCGUGAACGCACCACAGGCUUGAAACCCGGGGACUCGGACAUGACAUCAGAGAGUUCCGCAUUCCUCGAACACACACAUUGAACGCAAACACACACACUGUACACAUACGUACAUGGACACACACACGGAAACACAUCGUCCAGACCAGGAUCAGAAUCAGACCACAACCUGGUUCCUGGGUAUGAUCCUAGGGUCUUCAAUUCUCAGAGCCGAACGAGGAUCAGCGUAAGCCGGGGGAGCCUGUGAAGGAUGAGGAGUUAAAGCUCGGAUGAUGAAGAUGAUGGUGAAGGCUGUUAUAUAACUGGUCGUCAGGGAGAUCCAACAUGGCUGUCUUCAAACCUGAAAAUGUGGAAGACUUUUAUGAGAUGGGAGAAGUUCUGGGCAGUGGACAUUUCGGUCAGGUGCGGCAGGUACGGGAGCGUUCCUCUGGGACUCUCUGGGCUGGAAAAUUCCUGAAGAUCCGGAAGAAUGCGUGCAGUCUGCUGGGUAUGGAGCGGAGCAGUGUUGAGAGAGAGGUCGAGAUCCUGCAGGCCAUCCAACACCCCAACAUCGUGACGGUCCGAGAUGUGUUCGAGAGCCGGGCCGAGGUGGUGCUGAUCUUGGAGCUAGUCAGCGGAGGCGAGCUGUUCGACUUCAUUGCUGAGAAAGAGAACUUUCUGGAAAGUGAAGCCAUCGAGUUCCUGAAACAGAUUUUAGAGGCUCUGAGAUUCAUGCACAGCAAGAACAUUGUGCACUUUGACCUCAAGCCGGAGAACGUGAUGCUGUCUGAUAAACUGGCUCCUCAUCCCAUCAUCAAACUGAUCGACUUCGGCCUAGCUCAGCGUCUGUGCCAGGGCGAGGAGUUCAAGAGCACAAGUGGAACACCGCAGUAUAUUGCUCCUGAGAUUAUCAACUAUGAACCUCUUAGUGCGGCUGCAGAUAUGUGGAGCAUCGGAGUCAUCACCUACAUACUCCUGAGCGGUUUGUCGCCGUUUCAAGGUGACACAGACGAAGAGACUCUGGCGAAUAUCCUCUCCAUGAAGUAUGAGUUUGACGAUCGAUUUUUCAGCUCGACCAGCUCCAUGGCCAAAGAGUUCAUCCAGAAACUGUUGGUCAAAGAUCCCAGAGAGAGAAUGACGGCUGACGACAGCCUUCAUCAUCCCUGGAUUAAGCCAAUCACUCGCUCUCAGAAGGUUAAAAGGAAUCGAUCAUCCAUCAACAUGAAGAGCUUUAAAAAGUUCAAUGCCAGGAGGAAGUGGAAGAUGUCCUAUAACAUGGUGUGGAUGUGUAACCGACUGGUCCGCCUGAAACUGCUGUGUAAGAAGUCGGAUCCAGAUCCAGUCCAGAGAGAUUGUGAAAGUGACGUAGAGGACAUGGAGAGUAAACCAGCGUCUCUGUUGCGACGAAGACUCAGCAGCAGCUCAUAGAGACGGGGGAAUGAGGACGACGAGCUGAGGAAGACCAAGAUAUGAGGGGGAAAACAGCUGAGGAAGACCAAGAUAUGAGGGAGAAAAACAGCUGAGGAAGACCAAGAUAUGAGGGAGAAAAACAGCUGAGGAAGACCAAGAUAUGAGGGAGAAAAACAGCUGAGGAAGACCAAGAUAUGAGGGAGAAAAACAGCUGAGGAAGACAAAAGGGAGGAUAAGAAGCCACAAAGCUAUGGAGGAUGAGGAGCUGAGCUCAGCAGAUGUGAUGAUCACUGAAGAGAAAUGUUUUCUGUUGAGCUCUCUAAUAAACAAACUGAAUCAAAUCUAAAUGAGACACUGAGAAAUAUGCAGUUUCUUGUUUCUCAGAGCACACUGCCUUGUCUGAAGAAACUGUUUAUCAUAGACUGAAAACAGAUUUUGUAUAAAAGUUUGAGUCAUUUAUCAGAAAUAUGAGUGUUUAUGUCUAUAUUUUAGAUGUUAGUAUUUUAGAUUAGUCGUUGUCCUGUGAUGUUUCUGCAUGAGUUAGCUAAUGAAGCGUAGAUAUCCAGAAUAAAACAAGCUGUUUCACUUCAGAUUAAAAUGAUGUUUCAUACUUCA